AGCGUCUCAUUCGAGCAUACACACAUUCACUGAAGCUGAGCUCCGGUCUUCAAGAGACUCUUCAGCUUGAGAGCUUCAGCUCUCACAUAACACUAAUCCCUGCUGAUUGCUCACAGAUCUGAAAAGUAUCCAGGAUUACAAGAACACGAGCCUGAGGUUUAUACCGGGUGUUACACGUCUGAAACAUCCAGCCAGUGAGAAGAAAAGACUGAACAAACAUUAUCCUUCUAACCUUUCAGCUGCGAGGUCUCAGCAUCAGUGUUCGCAUCAGGAUCUGCCCUGUCUUGGUGGGUCACUCCGUCGGACUGAUGUGGAAUGCGACCCUUUAUGACCCCUUCCCAGAAAUCUCUAUUCAAUGAGCCGGACUCAGGAGAGAGCAGAUAAUAGAGGCAAGUGGCCGGCACACACAAAAAGAGUAAAGCAACAGCAGCAGGAGUGUUCAGACUGGUAAGAAAGUAAAAGGGGCCCUUGAAGGUAGCGAAAAGGAGCUUGAAACACAAAAGAAAAGGAAUAAAGAAGAAACUUUCUUGGGACAUUCUUGAACGUUAGGAAAACUUUGACCCUUAGCCUUUAUUCCAUCUUUUAAAUUAAUCAUGCCCGUGGAGACCCUUCGUCCCACAGAUGGGCGCCUUGCUGGAGGCCCCUUCACUUCUGCCAUGCCUUUCCGCAUCCUCAACAAGGGACCGGAAUACUUCCGGAGAGCUGCUGAGCCGGGAACAAGAAAGCUAAGUGCAGUAGAACGCCUGGAAGCGGACAAGGCCAAGUACGUAAAGAGCCAGCAAGUAGCACUCAAUAGACAAGAGCCCGUGAAACCGCCAAUCAUCCGUAAACCACUGCUGUCACCAAGCAUGAUCAUGCAGUUCAGGAUAAACACUCCACCAGCAAGGAAAAUAACUCGGCGGCUUGCUGAUUCAGAGAACGGAGGACCAGAAAAUGGCAUCUGUCGAGGACCUCAACUCAAUCUGGACAUUCUCAAUAACCUAAUCAAUGUUUGUGAUGGACCACUUGCAAACUCUUCUACCCCUUCCUCCCCAUCUCCCACCAACUCCUCACCCUCCUCUGGAGGUCACAGUGUUGGUAGUGGACAAUUUGCAGAACCACAGCCUUGCAACAACUUCAAAGCACACCUUGUGUCAACCCCUACCUCCUCUCCUCUUAACAACCAGCUCUCAUCUGCAAAAUCUAAUCGAAGGCCACCACCAGUCCCAGCCAGGGUUCCCAGACUUGUGCCACAGGGUAGUUACGGACCCAACUCUGUAACUGUCCGACGGGUAGAUGUGCGACCACAGGCAGAGAUCAGAAAACCUCAGAGGUUGCCUUUACGACCCAAACCCAGACAGCCCCAGGUAGCUCAACCACAGAUAGCCCAGCCACAGGCACCCCCUCCACCCACACCUCCAGCUCAGCCCCAGCCUGUGUCUGCUAAACCUCCAUCCCCCUGCCUGCCCCCCAGCCCACUGCUUCUGCGCUCUGGUGUUUUACCCCCGGCCUCCCCUGCCUUCACUCGCCUCUCAGCCAGCUCACGAGGAUCACGCCCCGGAUCGACCCGGAAACACCCCACUCUUCACCGUUCCAAGUCUGACUUGAGUGACCGCUAUUCCCGGGCCACGGCCGACAUGGAGCGCUUCUUCAACUAUUGUGGACUGGACCCGGAUGAGGUAGAAGGUAUGGGUGGUGUGGAGCGUUUUGCACGAGCCAAUUCGGACAUUGUUUCUGUCUCCAAGCUUCGCAGCGUUAGCACGCCAAGCUCUGAUUGUGGAGAUGGAAGGAGAGGAGAGGACGAUGAUGAUGACGACGAAGAUGAUGGGCCCGGUAAGCCCAAUGAUCGUGUUCCCUACGGCAUCUCUGUUAUUGAGAGGAAUGCUCGUGUCAUUAAGUGGCUUUAUGGAUUAAGACAAGCACGGGAUGUCUCGCAAAACAUCUCCAACGUGUAAAAGCUGACGUGGAGUAGGAGUAACAGACUUUACCAGACAAUUAAACUGGAACAGAGACUUGCUGUAGCAUUCUUGAUGUCUGUCACACAUAUAAUAUUUAUUACGUUCUUGUUAAAGAUGUUUGAAGGCUCUAAAAAUAUUUCAGUUGUAUUUGACAUCUUGUUGUUUUAUAUUUUCUGUUGAGCUGCAAAGAUGACGUAUUUCCGUCUGAGAAGAGAUGCAGAAUAUUACAGACUCUGUGCACUGUGACUUUAUUACAUUUUGAUGUAAGCAAUAAUACAUAUGCUAAAAAUUUACAAAGUGACUGAAUGAUGAUAAUGAUGAUGAAGGCAGCAGUCGAUCUGCUGUGCUGGCACUGUUCAGGUACAAAAUCUUUAUUAAACAGCAGUGCUGUGGAAACCGUGGCCUAAGCUAUUUUCUGUAGCACCUACUAAUGGAAAAAACUGGUACUUUUCGAAAUGUAUUUGUUAAAGAAUUCAAGAUUGAUUUACAGCUGGAUGCUUGUGCAAUGAGGUCAUAAUGUAGUGUAUGUGGUAGUGGCUUCAGGGACGUGUGCUUAAAAUGCAACAUCUACAACAGGGAUGCAGCCUAGAAAAAGUUUACUAAUACACGCGUAUAGCUGCAAGACAUGCACGCAAAUAAACAUCUGCUCAAUCUGCACACUUCUGCUCCAUAGGUGUCAAAUUCACAAGUGCGUCAGACUUUCGGUUUAGAUAUUUUGAAGGCGAGACUGAGACACUGUGAAGAAUUCAGGGCUCCCUUAGAGGCACUGCUACUCUGAAAACAUGGCUGGCCGACUGUUAAUGUUAAGUAUGGGUUAAAAAUGGAAAACAUCAGCAUGUGAGAGCCUCUUGUCAGUAUGCAUACAUUAUGAUGCACUACCAUGCAUUCCAAACAUAUGGAGAUACAUUCCCUUCAGCAUAAUGUUUAUUUGUGUGGGUGUUAUUUUUUGUGACCCAUACUUCUGCUUGUUUAUACAGUUUAUGUUUUAGAGAGAAUGUUAUGUAAUUCUCUCGACAGAUGGAUAUGGCAGGUAAGAUUUUACAUAACAGAAAGCCCUGAGAUUGAUUUCUGAGAGUUUGGCUCUGAGCUCUCAAGGGAAAUCGAAGCUGUUAAAUCUAUUUUUUACACUUGAAGUGAGGAGAAAGGGCUUACGGAGAGAUAGAAAAGUUAUUUUGACUGAAUUUGUGCACAAAGACAAGUCAUGAGACCACAAGUCACAAGGCUUUGGUUGAAAAAGAUUUCAGUUUUGCAUUGUUGAAGGCACAAUAAUUAAAAAUGUUUUCCCUUUCUGUGCAAUCUAAUUAUAGCCAUAAAUGCAUAAGAGGUUGCUCUGCCAGCACAUUCAGAAAGAAUAAACACAAUGGUACAGACCCAUAAACAGUUCAGUGCAGUAGUUAUUUGAAGUAUAACCGAGUAUAACAUGGAUUGUUCAGUUUGUUCUUUGAAGUUUACUAUUAAAAAAUUAAAAUGCAAAAUUGUUCAGAAAUGUUAAUAAAGAUAUGUUUUUGAAAAAA